UGGCAUUUUGAACAUUUAGUAUAGAUUGUGUUUGAUGUUUUGCUGGUGACCCAGUACAUACUGCUCAGACAAGCAUUCAGCUUAAAUAUUUGCAGAAUACAGAACAAAGUAAUAUAGUAGUAGUGCACAUAACAGUGGGCUUGAGAUAUUCGGUUUUGAUGCACCUCCUACACCAGAUUCUGCCCCACUUCUUUUGUCAAAGAAAAUCUGGAUUAUAUUUUUGUUUUGAUUAAAUGUGUGAAACAGAUGUGAUUGCUGUACAAACUGUGGGAAGAAAAAUAGGGCAAGUUGCAGUUACUAAACAUGUUUGUAUUGGCUGCAUAUCAGAGGAUUAAACAUUUGAAAUGACAUCAGCUUUGCUUUGUAAAGGACCAUGAGGAUGUGGCCAGCUAUGACCCUGCUGUCACUAAUAUCACUGUGCAGCGCUCAGAAAAAGGAGACUCAGGAAACACGAGAGCAAAGAGAUAAAACAAACAGCAAAAGCUGUUCAAACCUGACUCAAGUGCUGGACAACUGGAAAUAUGCCAUCAUGUACCAAGUAAAGGAUUUGCUGGUCAAUGACCAUGCUUCUGUUUUACCUGAAUAUGUGAGGAUCAAGCCUCUGUCUGAUGCUGUAGAUGAACUGUACAAUCACUUCAACACUCUGAAGGACAGCCUGGCCAAACUCAGCAAUAAACUUGACUCGAUUGAGAGCUUUGUGGAGGAGUUCCAGGAAGAGAAGCGGACAAAGCCCCGGCUGUGGAAAGCCCCGGCUCAGACACCGGUGAGGGCCUCACCUAGAGCUGCAAACACAGCACAGUGGCUGCGGAGAGCAAGAGCCAGAAGAGGCCCUGGCACUAGCGGACAAUAGUGGCAAAUCAGUGGGAUUAUCAAGCUGGUGGGAAUUUUGACUGGGCAUCUGACAGAAAUAUAUGCAGAGGUAAUUAAAUGAGAUUCACACACUUAAUAAUAGGUAAUUCAUAAUAUAUAAUAAGAAUAGAAUUAUGAUUCUGGUAGCGUUAAUCACAAUUAUUCCUACAAUUUAGACAAUAGUUUUACUGCAUGUAAUCAUUUUAAAGCAGCAGUCAACAUACUACUAUUUCCAUUAUAUUGUACAUUAUGAGCUUGCUUUCCUUUGUAUAAAUCUCUAAAUUCCACAAACUUCCAGUCUUACAUUUUCCCAGCUUUUGAAGUUACUUUAGUCAGUGAUGCAACACUCCAAUUUAUGAUGCAUUAGUGUAAAUCUGCUCCUGUAUUACUUUGGUUCUUAAGAAAUGCAACCCGAAAGUCCAAAAAACAAAGAACAAAAGUUCCAGCUAUAAGCGCUCUUACUGGAGCAACAACACUACACAGAUACUAACACACAGUAGGCCUAUAUGGUGUGCACAUACGUACUUGGCCUAUAGGAUAUUUGUUUAAUCAAAGCUUUGCCUGUGUAUUUUAUUUUAAAUGUGUACUAUAAAUCAGCAGGGCUGACUACACUUGCUUGGAGAUAUUUAUUUUCUGGCAGAUGUAUAAAAAAAAAUUAUAUAACACAUCACAAUGUGUUGUAAUGUGUAAUAAUGUUGUAAUCCAACUCUUACUCAUCUCUUACAAUACAGACCGGCAGUAUUAACAAAAUAUCUGCUACUCUAAAAUACCACAAAUGUUUAGUAUUAUUUUAUUACCUAAAAUGUUUAUUUUCUACAUUACUGAACUGUUAAAGUUUCUAAAGCAACUUAAGGUUUUAAAUUAUUUAUAAUCUAGCUCUGCAGAAAUGUUUAGAGUUAUAAAUCUUAUUUUCUUUGGUGGACUGAAUAUUUCUGAUUGCAACUGAAUAUAUUUUGGAUUUAUUUGAAAGA